CGCAGUAAAUGUAAAUUAUUGAAAGCGCGAAAGAAAGAAGAAGUGCGGAGAGAAGGAGGGCAAUGCCUUCAAGGAUCUACGCAUACAUCUUUCCGGAACGCUGUUUAUAAGGUCCAAUCCCCCAGUUUGGACACGUACGUGCCAAGGCAGUAUUUCCCAAACUUUAGGCCGAAGCUAGGCGGAAGCCCCUCGGACGGCGGGCCCCCAGCGACAGUCAUCAUCCGGAGCUACAGCUAAGUAGGUUGGCGUCGUAUAGCUGUAUGCAGCUAAUACAGCAUCCUGUUCGCUUAAAUAUAAAUUAUGGGGUUUUACGUGCUAGAACCACUAUCAGAUUAUGAGGCACGUCUUAGUGGGGGACUGCGGAACAAGCGCGACUUCCUGGGGUUCUUUAUCCUGCACCCAAUUCACGGCCGGUAUAUGGACGUUUUUGAAUUUCGCGAACACCUCUGAAAUGCGACCGCCGCACCCGGGAUUCGAUCCGGCGCCCUCCGCGUUAGCAGUGCAACGCCAUAUCCACUAGAUUCCUGAACACUCAGCUAAUAUACAGAUAAUAUUGCGAACUAUGCACAGACCUAAUAUAGCGAAUCCGGAUAGAGCGACUUAUUCUUUGCCUCAAACACCCCAAACUUACUCAAACUCAUGUAAAGCAAGUUUCUCUCCGCUGCGAGUCCGACGCCGAUAACGAGCGUUAAGACGUGCACACAUUUGAGGAAAACAGUGCUCCGUCAUAACUACAGUCUCAGUGAACAGCAGCAUGGUAGUGUAGCGCUGCGUCAUAUAAAGCAGUUAUGACCAAAAACACGAAUUUAUUGCUACGGAGCAGUUAUUACCUAGCUUUCAGGAAACACCGCGGUCGAAAGAUAUUUCAAAUAUCCCGCCAAAGGCACCGUUCCCGUUUGCCAUUCUACAGAAAUACUUUGCUUCCAUAAACUUAAAUAUACUUGCUGGAAAUGACUCUGUUUUGCGAUAUGACAUAUUUAAGAUUUAUAGGCAAUGCGGGAAAGAUCUGCGCUUCAAUAUUCAUGUUUGGGUUCGCUCAGUCCACAGCCGCACCAACAUCAACAUCAUCCAAAACUUGUAAGCGCGCUUGUAAGCAUACGACAGCUGAAACCGCUCUUAGAAUUGGGGAUGUUUUCAGUUUUGAGCCGCUUUCAAUAAACCCUAGAGGAACUGAUUCUGUGGUUGCGGUGUUCGAAAUGCUAGCUGCCAGAGUGAAGUACAGUUGCUGCAAGGGAAAACAAAAUCGUGUAGUUCAAACAUCUUGUAUAUAAUUCCUGAAACUGUGUUGUAUGCAAGUCGUGCACAUUGCGAACUAUCUUGUGUCUGAAGUUUACAAGCAAUCAGAACGGCAUGACGGCAAUAACUUUAAAGAACAGGAAGCUUGUACUUGUCGAGUACCCGGCAAUCGUUAAAAACACAGACAGAAUGAUCAAAAGCCUCGGUGGCAUUGAAGAAGUCGCUAAGGCCUAUUCAGACCCAACGCGAAGGCUAGAAAUGAAGUUUAGGCCCGAAGAUCCUUACUGCAAGAGCGCCUACGCCAACCGCUUCAACGCGUCCUGCCUCGUCCUGAAAGUGAAAAAGAACCGCGGCAACACGGAUGAACCGUACACCGUGUCUAUCGAAGGCACCGUCUCUACAGUCUACAAAUUUCGUGGCAUGGUGGAUUUUCAGUAUUUGCCCAUGAGGAAGAAAGCUGACGGAACAGGAUACGAAUCUUUACUCGACCAGCUGAUUCCGCCUCCCAUGUCGUCAACAGAAUGGCUGAUGAAGGACGCUCCAGUUUUCAUACUGCCCCAAGUGUUCUCCCGUCUUGACAACAUGUCAAUUCAAGCCCUGCGAGAUGAGCCCAAGCGACGUCAGCCGGCGUCGAAGACAGCGCUUCGUCCCACCAAUUUAUACGGCAGAAUUCGCCACCGCCGUGUGAAAUUCGCUCGCUUUCUAAGCUUUGAAGAUGAAGAUGUGCCUAAAGAGCCAAAUCCAGAGGCCUGGAAACAACUGGAUUGGCGCCCUCCUGAGGUGAACAUAAGGGAAAAAGUUCAAGAGCUAUUCGAGCAGCGCCCCAUGUGGACGCGCAGUGCCUUGCAAGUAGCGCUUGGUGUCCAGCCCGUGCGGUUUAAGCUCAUCCUGCCUGUGGUGGCUUACUAUGUCGUCAAUGGGCCUUUCCGUACUGCCUGGGUGCGCUUGGGCUUUGACCCCCGAAAGGACCCGUCAACAAAGAUCUACCAGAUUCUCGACUUCCGGCUCAAGACAUCGCCGUGUGGAAUGCAUGACGAGGUGGCCACCAAGCGCGGCACCUCGGCCUACCUCGUUCCGACCAAGGUUCUGGGACCAACCACACGUCCCAUCUUUGCCCAGACUGACUACCUCUCACCCGCACUGUGCAAAGAUGCCGUGGCCAAAUCAUCGUCCAAGUCCGAAGACGAACUGCUAGUGUGCUUUCUGCCAGGAAAACUGCCACCGUACCGCCAGAUGUUCUACCACCUCAAGGACAUCCGCAUGGACGGCGUUCAAAAGCUGGUGCACGCCAACGAUGGCCGCGAAACAACCUGUCACGAGAGAGAUGGCUGGUGUGAGGAAGGCACGAUCAGCAAGUGCCGCCAGCUUAUGGUUGCAGACUUGAGGGUCACGCUCGACAAACUGAAGAGCGAACGCCCUUCGACGUCGCAGGAUGAAAGCAUUGUGGCACUGGAGGAUGAUGAAGAGUUUGAUGACUUUAUGGACGAUGAAGGGGAUGAAGACUGACUUGCACGACCACAUUAGAACAAGGGCGGAGUAGAAGACCACAGUUCAGAAGCCAAAGCGCAAAGCGAAUAUCCUUUAGUACCACAGGAUUGACAUUGUAAUUUGGCUGGAGGAUGGUAAAGAUCUUGACGACUUGGUAGAUGAUGAAGGGCAUGAAAACUGGUUUGCGCAGCAUUGCCUGGAGGAGAAGAGAACAGUGACCCCAUGCGAUGUCCUGAACAUUUGGUGUCCAGUGAAUUCCACUCACAAAAAAGACAAUGCUAAUGGUGGCGUUUGUCAAAACAUGAUGCUGUAGUUUCUGUAUGCUCACCUUACCUUACAACUUGGUAAAAUAAGAAGGGGCUGCCAGUGUAAGCACAUUGUACUUAACGCUACUGCGCUUUUUUAAUGCUGAUUCAAGAAAAAUAAAAGCCGCAUAGCAACAUUUUGAUAGACUAAUACAACAGAUCUUAAAGGCAUCACAAACCUUACAAGAGUCGCUGAAUAACAUAAAUAAAACAGUAAUGGAUAGUAAAUUAUUCCUUUAAGACCCUAUUUGAAUCGGUUUGGUGCGAAAAGGCCGAUUAUAUCUGUAAGAAAUGAAGGCUACAUUUCCUUUUGUUUAAUUGCACAAAUAAAUGAAAAAAAAAUAAAAAAAAGUCCUUGCACUGGUAACUGUAUCAUCAGGAUUUCAAUGUAUUUUCUCUUAUUUGGGGCAUUUUGAAGUAGGUGUUCUCGAAACUUCCGAUGUUGAUUGUUUGGUUCCUUUAGAAUAUAGCCCAAGGUAUCCCUUCUUUGUGGUGGCUUCUGUAGCCCUUAUUUUCUUUUGGUUCUUUUAGAAUAUAGACCACUGUAGCCCUUCUUUUAGAAUGAACACUACUGUCAUGCUGUGA